CAUCUCUUUCUCAGCAGAAGAGAGGACACAGCACUGAGCAGCACAAGUUACCCAUGGCAGCCAUGAUUCUCUUCUUCAUCCUUAUAAUGACUAUCCUUGUCAUGAUAUUAUUGAAACAGCUCCUAUUCCCCACAAAAGCACCACCCUCCUACUACGGCCCCAAAUCUCACCCUCACCCUCUCAUAGGCUCUCUCAUCCCCUUCUACCGCAACCGCCGCCGCCUCCUCCAUUGGUACACCGAGCUCCUCACUGACUCACCAUCCCACACCAUCACUCUCUCCCGCCUCGGCGCCCGCCGCACCAUCAUCACCUCAAAUCCCUCCAAUGUGGAGCACAUCCUCUCCACCAAUUUCCCCAACUACCCCAAAGGCAAGGCUUUUACCGACAUCCUCGGCGAUCUCCUCGGCAGCGGCAUCUUCAACUCCGACGGUCAUCUCUGGCUCUCCCAACGAAAGCUUGCCAGCCACGCCUUCACCCUCCGCUCUCUCCGCGACCUCAUCCACCACAUCCUCCUCCCUGAGUUAUCUCAUCACUUUCUCCCAUCUCUCAUCCCCGAUGGAAGAACAGUAAUCGACCUACAAAAGCUCCUUCGCAGCUUCACCUUCCGCAUCGUAUGCCAAAUGUUCGUCGGUCCGUUGUCUGCGGAUCAUUUACAGCUCGAGGAAGCAAUGGAUGUUGCAUCAGCAAUUAGUGCGGCGAGAGGAUCUGCGCCUAUCGCUCUCUUGUGGAAGGCUAAGCGAGCUCUGGGAAUCGGCUCUGAGCAGCACCUAUGGGAGGCUGUGGAUCUCGUUCAUCGCUUAGUGACCGACAUUGUACUAAGAAAUAGAUCAGAAACAAAGAAUCCAUCCAAUAGCUUACUUUCACGUAUUCUUAAGAAAGGGAGGAUAUUUCAUGGAGUAAAAGAGGAGAUAUGGAUCCGAGAUAUGGUGAUAAGCCUCCUCAUGGCGGGGAAGGACACGACGUCGUCGGCGUUGACAUGGUUCUUCUGGCUGCUUUCAACACAUCCGAAGGUGGAAGAAAAAAUAUUAAAUGAGCUUAAAUUAUGGAUAAAGAGUGAGGAGGAGGAGGAGAUGAGCUAUGAGAGCUUGAAGGGACUGAAGUACUUGGAGGCGAGCUUAAUGGAGACCAUGAGGCUCUACCCGCCCGUGGCUUGGGACUCAAAGCAUGCAGUUACGGACGAUAUUCUUCCAGAUGGAACGUUGAUUAGGAAAGGAGAUAGAGUUACGUACUUCCCUUAUGGAAUGGGAAGGAUGGAGGCAAUAUGGGGGGAGGAUUGGAGAGAGUAUAGGCCGGAGAGAUGGAUGGGGGAGUUGUUGAGGGUGUCUCCGUAUAAGUUUCCUGUGUUUCAGGCGGGGCCGAGAGUAUGUUUGGGGAGGGAGAUGGCGAUGGUUCAGAUGAAGUUUGUUGCGGCGGCAGUUUUGCGUCGAUUCCAAUUAAGGUGGGUUGGAACAGAAACGCCGGUGAUAGUGCCUCAUUUGACUACCCUUAUGGCCGGAGGUUUGCCGGUGGUGAUACUAGAGAGGGGUCUUUAAACCCAACAAUCAUUCUUUCUUCUAUUUUGUACACUAUAUUUCAUUUUAAGUAAUUAUUUUAAAUUAGAAGGUUCGGAAAAUCUGCAAACAAUAAAUGUAUCUCUUCAUUUAUUACUUAUUAUU